CGGCAAAACAACUGAUACGACAGCUUGCAUCAGUCUAAAAUGAAUCGUAUAUCCUUGCAAUUACUAUUGAACUGCUUGAUACGCAAAAAACACUCCGAAAUCAAAUGGUCUGGUUUUGGUCCUUGAGACUUUUGAAGUUUUCCUUUCAGAUGAUCAGUGUUAUACGGAUAAGCUAUUUAGGCAUAUUGGUAUUAAAAUCAUAAUUUUAUUUUGCUACCAGGUAAUAAUUACUCACUCAAGCCUGUGGUAAGAUAGUUGGGCUGCAUUUUGACUUGUUGAUUUCUCCCUAUAAAUCUAUUCAGAAUGUGUUUUCAUCAUAUCAGUCCCUGUCAUUUGAAACAAGGCCACACUUCUUGAAUUGUGUAUGCUUUAUAUGACUUGAUUUUUACCGGUUAUGACAUUGAGGAUAUAAUCUCAUCCGUCCUGAAAUUUCUUCAAAAUUCGGGAACCUAAGACAGUUUUUGAUUUAUGGUAACCUACUGUUCUGAAGUCCAUACAUAGUAAUCCUAAAUCCUUACAGCUAAUAACCAUUAUUAAAGUCAUAACGUUUAUUGUGUGGUGAUGUUGGUAGACACAAUAACCGGUUCGGAUGGUAGCGAGUUUUCCAUAACUUACUUUGACGACCACUGAUUUACUCAUUUAACCGGGUGAUUUAUACCUUUAUAUCAUCCUACCUCGGCUCAGUGGUCUAUCGGUUAAGGGCUCUGGCUCGAGACUGGUAGGUCCUGGGUUCGGAUCUCGUGAGUGCGGGAUCGUGGAUGCGCACUGCUUAGGAGUCCCAUAAUAGGACGAAACGGCCAUCCAUCCAUCAUCCUACCUCAUCAUCAAUGUGUAUGUGUCCCCAUGCUUUGAUGUUGCCAGCAAACAACAUUUCAUAAAACUUGAGAUUUUUUAAGGAAAAAUUUGUGGACUAAUAUAGUCUAGCACUAUUUUAAGGACUAAGAUUAAAAUUAAUAUGGUGAUAGAGACUGGUGGAUGAAGUCCUAUCUACCUUGAUGCACUGUUGAGUUUUAAAAUGCGCCAUCAAAUGCGAAGUGUUCCAGUGGUUAUUACUAGUGAGAAAAAUGUUUUAGGUGUUCCUUCUCAUCACUAAUGACUGUUUAGCUGCUUUGUAGAGUCUGACUGAAAUUACAAAAACGUUGUGCAGUUUUUAUUCAUGAACCAACUAAUAAACUGCGUGGCAUGAUACAGAUUAAUAAAGCCACUUUUAGGUUAUGUAAGCAUUGGUUGUUUAGGCACUGUCUAGUGCUAAAAUUCGAUCAUAAGGGAAGAGAUGCACCGUGUUUUUCCGUUUUUUUAUGAGCGGCUUUUCUUGUUGCUUCUUAUGGGUAUUUUGCACUUGUUUGUUUUCUGUCUGUUAUUUCAAAAUGCAAGAUUUUAUAGCAAUAUGAUGGCGAAAGUAUUAAAUUGGUUCCGCGUUAUUAUAAGAGUAGUUGAUUUCUCGAGCAGCUUGCAAAACAGAAAAUAAAUUCACUUGGUAUUGUUUGCUUGUGUCUUCCUAUUGUUGUUAAGGUCUGCAAUUGAUCAGUCUCUUAUUGCCAUAUGUGCAUACCGUGCAUAUUUCCUCGAUAUAGCUUAGCGCGUUUCAUUCUAUUCGGGACUGUUCAGCUGGAUGUACCUGAACCCCAGAGUUGAUUUUCAAUCCUGGACUCGCUUCAAACGCCUCCGGGUUAUCCACUUAAGACUAAAUGCGUGUCCUGGAUUCCACUGCUAGCCACCAUCCAUCUUUGCUUAUAAAGCUCGUGACUGAAAACACUAUCGAGGCAAUCCUCACAGGAUGCACAUACGCCAGUAAGAGAAUGAUCAAUUGCAGUCCUUAACAACAAUAGGAAGAUACAAGUAAACAACACCAAGUGAAUUUUAAAACUUCACUUGCACAAGCAUGUGGCUAUCAGGACUCAGUAGCUAAGUGGGUAAUGCAAUGGCGUUUAAGGCGAAAUGUCCUGAGUUUGAGUCCCAGAGGGAAUACCAAUUCUGGGAUUCAGGUACGUCUAGCUGACGUGUCUCAAAUGGAAUGAAACGCGCGUCCUGUAUUCAACUAAUGGCCACCAUCUAUCUUUGCUUAUAAAGAAAAUAACGUCUCCAAAAUAUUACGCUUAAGGCAUCGUUUUUUCUGUCUAUUGAAAUGAUGUCACUACCCUUGAAAUUAAAUUGAAUCAAGAAUGACUUAUUAAGAUACACAAUUUUCUGUGUUUUGUUGUGCGUUUCAUUACCACAUUUAUUCAGGAAAUAUUUGUGUAGUUUUGAAGUGUUUUCUGAUAAACUGUGACAUAUAAUUUUGCCCUAAAGGGACUAUUUUAACCAGUGCUUUUAAUCUGAAAUUGGCAAAAUCAUUUUUUAUUCACAAAAUAUUUCCAUAAACUAUUACGUUUUGUAUUUGUCUUAAUUGACUGUAACUCGUGCCAAGGAUGUGUUUUUGUCCUCGGUUUUGGGCUUUUAGUUUAAGUCACUACACAUGAUAAAAGUAUUAUCAGUAUGACUUUGCUACGAUUUAUCUUGCGAUUGUACAUUACAUGAUUGAUGACACACAUUUUUCUCGUGUCAUAGAUUAAUCAAUGUCAGUUGCUUGUUCCACUAACAUUAUACUUGGAAGCCUCAUUUUUGAUGUACUUUUGUUGCAAUCAGGAGGUUUUUUGAGAGAGUUCUUUGUCAAGAUUAUAAUUUAUGGACAAACCAGUCAGGUUUUCGAUAACAGAUCUUGGAUUUUGGGGUAAAAAUAAUUCACUCAUUUGGCUAAAUAGCGUUUUAGCAUUUUAGCUGAAGUCACUUCGUGAUGAAAGUCAUAAAAUUAAUUCCUAACCCCAACCAUCGACUGUAAAUCAUAAUCUUAAUUUCUUUUACUGCCUUACGACUCAUUUAACCCCACUAAGUAGGUGGGAAUUCCAAAGGCCAUCAUAGAGUCGCUCAAAGGCGUAAAAAAGUAAUCAUUAGUAUUUUUUUGAUUGCAGAGUUUUCAUUAGGGUCUAAUCGUAUCUCAUAUUUUAUCAAGGUGAAGAAGAACUAAUUUCAUGUGUUUUUGAACCAUAUUAGCAGUUUUAAACUUUAAAAACUACUAAAUUAGAAGGGUUAUUAGUUUAUUGAAUUCCAGACAAAUACUUGCCACCAGACUAAUCAAUAUGAAGUCAGGUGAAAUAAUUUACUUUAAAAAUCCAAACAGAUUCAUCCUUUCUUACUUUAACGAAUCCGCCAAUAUAACGCCUUGUUUGAUGAAAAGCUGCUUUCAAAUAUGAAUUUUGGAUCUUACACCUUCCCAGUAAUAGAUAUUUGUUAACAAGUACAGUUUCAUUUUACCUUCAAUUUUUCCUUAUCUCUUGGCUGUUUUGCAGCAACAAAAAAUGUCGAAAUCCAUACCGAAUUUGCAAGAUUCUCUUGUAAAUGAUAAAAAAAAUACAAAUGAUAUUGUUGGUGUAAAAAUGGAGAAGACUAUUGGUUUUGUCAGCAGCAUCACAAUUAUUAUCGGCUCAAUUAUUGGUUCAGGUAUAUUUGUUAGUCCAACUGGUAUAUUGGAAAAUAUGCAGAGUUUUGGUGCUAGCUUGAUUAUUUGGAUUGGAUGUGGAAUUUUUUCUUUAUUGGGAGCCUAUUGCUAUGCUGAACUAGGCACAAUGAUUCAACGCUCAGGUGGAGAUUAUGCUUAUAUGCUUGAAGCAUUUGGUUCAUUUAUGGGAUUUUUACGUCUGUGGAUUGAAGUGAUGGUAGCUAGACCAGCUACUAUGGCUGUCAUUGCUAUGACAUUUGCUAAAUACAUUUUACAGCCUAUAUUCCCUGAUUGUCCACAGUCUAAUGCAGUUGUACGAUGUCUAGCAGCUGUAUGUAUCAGUAAGCAAAUUCAAUUGACUAGAACAUUUUUGCUUAUUAAACAAUAA